AUGGCUGUGGAUAGCGGCGCUCUCUCAAGCAGUGCAGAAAUCGGCUGCGACCAGAAAAGCGGCGCAUCAAUGGCUGUGGAUAGCGGCGCUCUCUCAAUCAGUGCAGAGGUCAGCUGCGACCAGAAAAGCGGCGCAUCAAUGGCUGUGGAUAGCGGUGCUCUCUCAAGCAGUGCAGAGGUCGGCUGCGACCAGAAAAGCGGCGCAUCAAUGGCUGUGGAUAGCGGCGCUCUUUCAAGCAGUGCAGAGGUCGGCUGCGACCAGAAAAGUGGCGCAUCAAUGGCUGUGGAUAGCGGCGCUCUCUCAAGCAGUGCAGAAGUCGGCUGCGACCAGAAAAGCGGUGCAUCAAUGGCUGUGGAUAGCGGCGCUCUCUCAAGCAGUGCAGAGGUCGGCUGCGACCUGAAAAGCGGCGCAGUUCAGCAUCGUGGGUGCUAUGAAUAG